AUGUUUACAGGCAUUAUUGAAGCAAUCGGACUUCUUUCUAAAAUUGAGAAUCAUGAUGGUAUAUCUUGGUCUAUUUCUGAUACUAAUAGUAUAAUAUCUGAUAUGCAUUCCGGUGAUAGUAUUUCUAUAAAUGGAGCGUGUCUUACAAUUACUGAAAUUAACAAUAAUUCCUUCAAGCUUAAUAUAAGUCCUGAAACUUUAAAAAGGACAAAUUUUGGUAGUAUGUCUGAAGGAGAAAAAGUAAAUUUAGAAAGAGCUAUAACAGUAGAUAAACGAUUCGGAGGACAUUUUGUCCAGGGACAUAUAGACACUAUUGCAACUAUCGUCCAAAAAGAAUCCAAUAAUCAAGCAAUUAUAUUUACAUUUGAGCCUUAUAAUAAAAAUAUCUUAAAAUAUAUUAUAGAGAAAGGUUAUAUUGCUAUAGAUGGCAUUAGCUUAACUGUUACACAAGUUAACAACAAUACUUUCAGUAUAAUGCUAAUCCCUUAUACUCAGAAAAAGACGGUUACAUCUUCUAAAAUAAUAGGUGAUACCGUAAAUGUAGAAGUAGAUCAAAUGGGAAAAUAUGUAGAAAAACUAUUGCAGGAACAUAUAAAGAAACUUAAAUAUUAA